UCUCCAUUAUCUUCUGGACCCAAUCUCGAGACAUGGAUGAUCAAACGGCAAAACAAACCUUUCCGUGUUCCGAAUGUGGGAAAUGUGACACCUCAAUAGGAAAUUGUAAUAAACAUGAGAAAAUCCACACGGGAGAGAGUCCAUUUGCGUGUUACACCUCCCAGACGGCGCUUACGAUUCACCAGAGAAAGCACACGGGGGAGAAGCCGUUCGCCUGCUCCGAAUGUGGGAAAUGUUUCACGAGAAGUCAUGAGCUGAAAAAACACGAGCGACAUCACACCGGAGAGAAGCCUUUUGAGUGCUCCGAGUGCGGGAAACGUUUCUCCCAAAUAGGAAAUCGUAAUAAACAUGAGAAGACCCACACGGGGGAGAAGCCAUUUGUGUGUUCCCACUGUGGGAAAUGUUACACCUCCCAGACGGCGCUUACUAUGCACCAGAGAAAGCACACGGGGGAGAAGCCGUUCGCCUGCUCCGAAUGUGGGAAAUGUUUCACGAGAAGUCAUGAGCUAAAAAAACACGAGCGACAUCACACCGGAGAGAAGCCUUUUGAGUGCUCCGAGUGCGGGAAACGUUUCUCCCAAAUUGAAAGUCGCAAUAAACAUGAGAAGAUCCACACGGGGGAGAAGCCGUUCGCAUGCGCCGAAUGCGGGAAGCGUUUCAUCACAAAAGCAAAUCUUAUCCAACACGAACGGAGUCAUACCGGCGAGAGACCGUUUGCGUGUUCCCACUGUGGGAAAUGUUACACCUCCCAGAAGGCGCUUACUAUUCAUCAGAGAAAGCACACGGGGGAGAAGCCAUUCGCCUGCUCCGAAUGUGGGAAAUGUUUCACGACAAAUCAUAAGCUGAAAGUACACGAGCGACAUCACACCGGAGAGAAGCCUUUUGAGUGCUCCGAGUGCGGGAAACGUUUCUCCCAAGUAGGAAAUCGUAAUAAACAUGAGAAGAUCCACACGGGGGAGAAGCCGUUCGCAUGCGCCGAAUGCGGGAAAUGUUUCAUCACGAAACCAAACCUUAUCCAACACGAACGGAGUCACAGCGAAAAGAGACCUUUUGUGUGUUCCGAAUGCGGAAAAAGUUUCACCACCAACCAAGCGCUUACCAGGCACGAGCGGAUUCACACCGGGGAGAAGCCGUGCGCGUGUUUGGAGUGCGGGAAACGUUUUCUUACAGAGCCAGAGCUACGGAGACACGAGCUGUAUCAUAGCGAAGAAAAAACGUUUGCGUGCCUAGAGUGCGGAAAACAUUUCACCUUAAAGUCAGAACUCACCAGACACAUGCGAUACCAUACUGGAGAGAAACCAUUCGAGUGUCUGGAAUGCGGGAAACGCUUCACUACGACGACAAGCCUCUGCGCUCACAAGAGAACGCACACGGGAGAGAAACCAUUCGCGUGUCCUGAAUGCGGGGAACGCUUCAUCAGGUCAUCACACCUCAGUGCUCAUGUGAGAACGCACACAGGAGAGAAACCAUUCGCCUGUUCCGAAUGUGAAAAAUGUUUCACCACAAAGUCUUCUCUCGUCAUACACCAGCGAAUCCACACGGGAGAGAAGCCGUUCGCAUGUUCUCAAUGCGGGAAACGGUUUAUCACAAAUUCAGCCCUCACUGUACAUGAGCGAUUUCACACGGGAGAGAAGCCGUUCGCGUGUUCAGAAUGCGGAAAGGGUUUUAAUGCAAAGUCAACGUUAAUUCGACAUAUGAGAACUCACACGGGAGAGAAGCCGUUCGCGUGUUCUCAAUGCGGGAAAUGUUUUAGAUCAAGCCAGUACCGGAGUAGACACGAGAAAACGCACCUUGGAAAGGGAGAAUUUGCGUAAAGAAAUGCAAUAGAAAGUGGCAAAUUCCCACAUAAAGGAAAAAAACAAGUCCAUGGUACAAAUAACGGCUUUAUUAGAUACAGGAACUCACAUCGGGGAGAAAUCUGUUCCGAGUCCUGAAAGGGAAGAUCCGGAUUUUUCACAAUUCUCUCGGAACUCACCUUAGGGGGGGGGGGUAUAAAGU